AUGACUGAGAACUACCAACACAUCCUGGCUUUGGCAUUUGCUGUCAAGGAAAUCAAUGACAAUCCCCAGAUGCUACCCAAUAUUACACUUGGAUUCAAGAUUUAUGACAGCUAUUUGAGUGAAAGGUGGACAUAUAAUUCUGCUAUGGAACUUAUUUCUGUGAAGAACAGACUUCUCCCAAACUACAAGUGUGGCAUCCAGGACAAUCUAAUAGCAGCUAUUGAAGAACUGAAUUCUGCACUAUUUCCCCAGAAACCAAAUCUUCUGGGUUUGUACAAGAUUCCACAGGUCCUGUAUGGCUUUGCUUCAGUGAUAAUGGAGAAUACCAAUUUCAUUUCCUUCUACCAGAUGAGUCCAAAUGGAGCCCAUCAGUACAAAGGGAUUCUCCAAUUACUUCAGUAUUUCAGCUGGAGAUGGAUUGGAUUCUUUGCUGCAAAUGGGAUGGAUUUAGAAUGGUUCAAGCAGAACAUGCUUCCAGAAUUUUCCAAGAGUGGCAUCUGUUUUGCUGUCAUGGAAUCAUUCACUAGUAUAUUUUAUGAAGAUAACUGGAAACAAUAUUUUAAAAAGGUCAUGAUAUUUCAUGAUAAAAUCAUGAACAGCAAAACCAAUGUGUUGGUCUUCAGUGGAGACACAAAAUCCAUGACAACAUUAAGAUGGGUGCUAAGCCUAGAAAUUAAAGGAACAAUGCAAAGUUCAAAAGGCAAAGUUUGGAUUCUGACUGUUGGGAUGGAGUUGAAAUCCUUUGCUAACAGAAGGAGUUGGGAUAUACAAAUCUUCCAUGGUGCUAUAUCAUUUGCACUUCACUCUAAAGAACUUCAAGGAUUCCAACAAUUUAUUCAGAACAGAAAUCCUUCCACCACUAAAGGAGAUGGUUUCAUCAAAGACUUCUGGACUCAGGCCUUUGGCUGUACAUUCAGGGAUUCCAUUUUGGGAAGUAUGAGUGAGGAUACCUGCACUGGAGAGGAGAAGCUGGAGAGCCUUCCUGAGCAUGUAUUUCCAAUUAGUGUAACUGGCCACAGCUACAGCAUCUACAAUGGUGUCUAUGCUGUGGCUUAUGCUUUACAUGCCAUGCAUUCAUCUAUGGUCAAAAGCAAGACAAUAAAGAGAGAGAAAAGGAAGAUUUAUACUCAGCAAAUGUGGCCUCUCCAUCAGUUUCUGAAAUCUGUAAUAUUUAACAACACUGCUGGAGACAACGUUUCCUUUGAUGAGAAUGGGAACCUGGUUGCAGGAUUUGAUGUGAUAAAUUGGGUCACAUUUCCAAACCAAUCUUUCAUUAGAGUGAAAAUUGGAAGAAUGGAUCCCCAGGUUCCUCCAGAUGAAGCAUUUACCAUUCAUGAGGAUGCCAUAAUAUGGCACAAGUGGUUUAACCAGACACAACCACUUUCUUUAUGUAAUGCGAAGUGCUACCCUGGCUAUAGGAAGAAAAGGAAGGAAGGGGAACAGUUCUGCUGCUAUGACUGCAAUCUAUGUCCAAAAGGAUGGAUAUCUAACCAUGAAGACAUGAUUGACUGUAUCCAAUGUCCACAUGAUCAAUAUGCAAACAAGGAACAGAAUUUGUGCAUUCCCAAAAUUGUAACAUUCUUAUCUUAUGAAGAACCUUUGGGUACCAGUUUAGCCAUUUGUGCCCUUUCAUUUUCUUUGAUCACAGCUGCACUGCUAAGAAUAUUUAUGAAGCACCAGGACACUCCCAUAGUCAAAGCCAACAACCGGGACCUUACCUACACUCUUCUAAUCUCCCUCCUGUUCUGCUUCCUUUCUACAUUGUUAUUCAUUGGCCAACCUGAGAAGGUGACAUGUUUCCUCCGCCAAACUGUCUUUGGCAUUGUCUUCACAGUGGCUGUUUCUUCUGUAUUGGCAAAAACCAUCACUGUGGUUUUGAUUUUCAUGGCCACCCAGCCAGGAUCCAGGAUCAAUAAGUGGGUUGGGAAAAGGCUAGGCAACUCCAUUGUACUUUUUUGCUCAAUUCUUCAAACAGGCAUUUGCCUUGUGUGGCUGGCAACCUCUCCCCCAUACCCAGAUAUUGACACACAUUCAGUGGCAGAAGAAAGUAUACUGCAAUGUAAUGAGUCAUCCCCAAUAAUGUUUUAUUGUGUUCUGGGCUACAUGGGCUUGCUGGCCAUUCUCAGCUUCACUGUGGCUUUCUUUGCCCGGAAAUUGCCCAACAGUUUCAAUGAAGCCAAAUUUAUCACUUUCAGCAUGCUGGUGUUUUGCAGUGUUUGGUUGUCUUUUGUUCCAACCUACAUGAGCACCAAAGGAAAAUAUAUGGUAGCUGUGGAGAUCUUCUCCAUCUUAGCCUCCAGUGCUGGGUUGCUGGGAUGCAUCUUUUCCCCAAAAUGCUACAUUAUUUUGUUGAGGCCUGAACUGAACAACAGGGAAAAAUUAAUUACGAGGGGAAAACACUGA